CAGUCCCACCAUCAGCCUCUCCAGUCUUCAUUUCUCAGCCUGACUCACUGCUCACACAGCAGCCCUGGGCGUUGCCUGACUAUAAAGUUCCUGCCUCACUUUUUCCAACCUCCUGAUCCUUCACUCUUCUGCUGAACGCUGCACGUCUUGUCAUAUUAUUUUCAGUGUGGAAACAAAAACCUCCAACAAAGAUGCCUUCAGAACUGGAAAUCGCCAUGGAGUCCCUCAUCACGGUGUUCCACCGUUACGCCAAGGACGGCAGACUCAACCGCGCUGAACUGAGGAAGUUGAUGGAGAACGAGCUGUCCAACUUCCUGAGGUCUCAGAAAGACCCUGCUGCUGUGGACAAGAUCAUGAAGGACCUAGACGCCAACGGCGACAACCAAGUGGACUUUGAGGAGUUUGUUUCUCUGGUUGUGGGACUAUCGAUUGCCUGUGAGCAAUGCUACGCUGCACAAAUGAAGCAAAGGAGCUUUAGGAAGUAAGGAUGUCACAAGACGUCAGAAGGAGAAGAAUUCAAAAUUUCAUUUUUUUAAUACAAUUUAAAGUCCAUUAAAUACACUGAAGAAAUUCAAA